AUGGAGGAGGUGAUUGAUCAGAUUGGAGAGGAGAAUAUCGUGCAGGUCAUCACUGAUAACGGGCCGCAAUAUAAGUUGGCCGGGCAGGUCUUGAUGGAGCGGCGACCACAAAUUUUUUGGACCCCAUGUGUUGCACAUUGCAUCGACCUCAUCCUGAUGGACAUUGGAAAGAUCCGUAGGGUGCAACAUACGGUGGAGAUAGCCCAACGCAUCAUCAGGUAUAUUUAUGGCCAUACUUGGGUUAUUUCAUUAAUGGAAAAGUAUGCAGGAGGAGAAAUUCUUAGACCAGGAGUCACACGGUUUGCUACGAAUUACAUUGCACUUGAUAGCCUUAUCGAGAAGAAAAAAGCCCUACAUCAGAUGUUUGUCAGUCCCGAGUGGCAGGAAAGUAGAUAUGCCCAGGCCAGCACUGAAGGAAGCAGGAUGGAAGACUUGGUAAGCAGGCAGUCAUUCUGGCAGUGGGCCAAUGCGAUGGUCAAGGCUAUCAAACCAUUAUAUGAAGUGCUGCGGGCCGUGGAUAGCGAGAGGUAUCCCCAGAUGGACUUUUUGUAUCACAUAAUGGAGAAGGCAAAGGCUCAGAUCAUGGAGGCAGAUGUAGCCCAUGCCCAGGAGUACAUCGACAUCAUUGAGCGGCGGUGGGGAGCCCAAAUGGGUAGGAAAUUGCAUCUAGCAGCAUACUACCUGAAUCUCCGGUUUCAAUACGAGAGUGGAAUUGGUAUGGAUGAUGAACUUCUUCAUGCUUUGCGUAAUGUUAUUUAUAAGAUGAAGCCUGAUCCAGAAGUCGCCGCGUCAUGUAUAGAAGAGGAGGAAGUGGAGCUCAAGUAUGCAGAUCCCAUCUAUAGGACUUUUACAAAUGAUAAUCCUAUGCUCGACUGGCUUGCGGUCCAGCAGCAGGAGCCCGAGCUUGAUGAGCCAGGAUCGCCUCGACGACCAGCCAGCAUCAAAGCCACCGAGGCUACGGUCGAUCCACAGCAAUGGGCUGAGCGCAACAUUUCACGCACUCCUACAGCUAAUAGGACAUGGCUAGAGGGGAGCCAGUCAGCGCAUGACUG